AAAAAAAAAACAAAGUUUCGUCCAAAAUGACAGAUCAGACCCCCAAAAAAAGUGAACAGUUGCAGUUUCGUCCCUUCCAUAAUUUCCAAAUCCAGCUCCUCCUCUCUUCCACUUUAUCAAAUCAUCACCCUUCCAUAUCUUCUUCCCAACCUCACACCUCAGUGACAGAGUUCACCUUUUUUUUCCCGUUAAGUCCCUUCUUAUUUUCAUGUUUUCUCUCUUUUUCCUCAAAGCUUUGCUUACCCUGAAAAAUCGGGUCUUUUUUAUUUUCUUUGUCACCCAUUUGUUUUAAAAAUCCUUCCUUUUUUUUUUUUUUAACUAGAAAGACAGGAAGAAAACUUGACAAGCUCUUCAACCAUCAUCCCUAUCUUUCUCUCUGCAUAUUCCUUACCAGGAAGAUCUGUUUUGCGAGUCUUGUCUGAUCAAUCUGUUUGAAUAAAACCUGUGCUUUUCUUGGUCCCUCUUGCGGUUUUAAUAUUUAUUUCCUUUCAACUAGUAAUUGGAAAGUUUAAAGCUUUUUUUUUUUCUAUAUCAAUUGCAAGCUUAUAGGAUAAGACGGUCUUCCAUUUCUCUACUCAUCCCAAGCCAGUUCAAUUUAAGCUACAAAAUUGACCGUUUCUUAUGUUUCCAAGCCAUUUGUGGCCUUUUCACAUUUGACUAAUAAAAUCAUAAAAAAAGAAGCCUUCUCCUUUUACCACCACUUCUUUUCUCAUCUUUGCCUUGCUGAUCUAACAGAGAAAUAAAAAAAAAAAUGUAUCAAACACAUAGCCAAAGAGAAUUUGCCAUAGAAUUCCAACCUCAAAUACACAUAUUGAGGCCAAGCAUCCAUUCAAGAAGGGCAAAUAUAGUGGUAAAAUUCCAAGACCUUUAUGGGUUCACUGUAGAGGGCAAUGUGGAUGAUGUUAAUAUAUUGAAUGAGGUUAGAGAGAAGGUGAGGCAACAGGGGAGGGUUUGGUGGGCGUUGGAGGCAAGCAAAGGUGCUAAUUGGUAUCUGCAGCCACAGGUUUCUUCAUUAACUGAAGGGAUUGCACUCAAAUCUUCUCUCAAAUUGUCUAAUCUGACGAAUGCAAUUACUUUGAAGAGGUUAAUAAGGAAGGGGAUACCCCCUGUGCUGAGGCCUAAGGUUUGGUUUUCUCUCUCCGGUGCUGCAAAGAAGAAGUCUACAGUGCCUGAGAGUUAUUACAGUGAUUUGACCAAGGCCGUUGAAGGGAAGGUCACAGCAGCUACAAAGCAGAUUGAUCAUGACCUGCCACGGACCUUUCCUGGUCAUCCAUGGUUGGACACUCCAGAGGGCCAUGCUGCACUCCGACGAGUUCUUGUCGGAUAUUCUUUCCGUGAUUCAGAUGUUGGCUAUUGUCAGGGCUUAAAUUAUGUUGCAGCACUGUUGUUGCUUGUGAUGAAAACAGAGGAAGAUGCUUUCUGGAUGCUAGCAGUUCUUCUGGAGAAUGUCUUAGUUAGUGACUGCUACACAAAUAAUUUGUCAGGAUGCCACGUUGAGCAAAGAGUUUUCCAGGAUUUGCUUGUUAAAAAGUGCCCAAGAAUAGCUACUCAUUUGGAAGAACUAGAGUUUGAUGUCUCCCUUGUUGCCACUGAAUGGUUCCUAUGCCUCUUCUCUAAGAGCUUGCCUUCGGAGACAACUCUGCGGGUGUGGGAUGUCCUUUUCUAUGAGGGAGCAAAGGUUCUGUUUCAUGUAGCUUUGGCUAUAUUCAAGAUGAAGGAAGAGGAGCUGCUUCAAACUCACCAUGUUGGUGAUGUAAUUAAUAUAUUACAGAAAACAACGCAUCACCUCUUUGAUCCUGAUGAAUUAUUGACGGUGGCAUUUGAUAAGAUAGGUUCCAUGACAACUAACACUAUAUCAAAGGAAAGGAAAAAGCAGGAGCCAGCAGUAAUGGCAGAGCUUGAUCAAAGAUUGAGAAGGCUAAACUCAAUCAAAAUGGAUGACGAGAAAUAGCAGCACUUUUAGCACCUUGAUCAAAAUUGUUAUAUAACACAUCUUAGAAGUGGCUUGUUUCCCCUGAGGAGAAUAUUUAUUGAUCCCCCCUUAUCUCUGAAAGGGAAGGACAGUAAAGUGUGCGUUUUGUUGUUUUGAAGGAUGUUGUAGGUGGCUGAAUGUAAAUUUGAGCUUGUUUUGACGCUAGCAUUUAAAUUAAAAUGCAAGUCAGACAUUGCUGACCUUUUACCGCCCUGCAA